UUGUGGCAUUACAGGGGCCUUCUUUGCUUUAAUCUGAACGGCUUAGUUCUUCUUGUCUUUGCUCGCGUUAGUUCAUCGAAAAACGAUGAUAGCGAGAAUCCGUAUGAAGGUGAAGAAACCAUGCCCAUAUUGAAUUGGCUCAUAACUGGGGCCUCCAAUGGCCUUGGCCUUGCCCUCGCUCUAGAAGUACUGAAAGCAGGGCACAAAGUCAUCGCCACUGCCCGAAACGUCACCAAAGCGUCCGCCGCGCAUCCUGAAAUCGAGCAGCUCGGCGGAUCCUGGCUGCAACUGGACGUGAAUAAGUCAGACACGAAACUUAUCGUGGAGAGUGCCGUGUGCGACUUGUUCGGCGGUAGAAUUGAUGUCCUCGCCAAUAAUGCUGGGUACUCGAUAUUAGGCAGUAUAGAAGAUCUCAGCGAGAAAGAGAUUGAAGACCAAUUUAAUACCAAUUUAUAUGGCCCCAUACGUACGAUCAAAGCGGCUUUACCGAGCAUGCGUGCGCAACGAAGCGGUGUCAUUGUGAAUGUAAGCUCAAUUGCUGCACUGGAUCCACGACCGUCUGGAGGCAUAUAUGGAGCAAGUAAAUCGUCCUUGGAAAAUCUAUCAGAAGCUCUGUGUUUGGAACUUGCCCCAUUUAAUAUUCGUGUGCUGAUCGUGAUCCCUGGCGGAUUCCGAACUGAUUUUCUGUCCGGCAAUCUCGAGCCAGAGGCCCCUAUGACAAAGGACUACGAGGGAACUCCGCUGCAUGCUACUCUUAAUUCCUUCCGCGCUUACAAUGGCAACCAGCCUGGUGACCCUGCCAAAGGGAUGAGACGGGUUGUAGAAGUGGUGGAAGGUACUGGAUUAGGAGAAGGCAAACAAGGGCUUUUAAGAUUACCCCUGGGCGCAGAUUGCCUUGAAAGGGCGUAUUCUAAAGUUAGCGCUUUGCAGAGAGAUUUAGAUGGGUUCGACAGUAUAGCAAGGUCGACGAAUUUGGACUGA